CAAAGUUGUAAGCAAAACUGUAUGCAAAAUAAUUUAAAAAACGCAUAAAACAUAUUCAAAACAAACUUGCUUGGCCGCCACGCCACAUUGAAUUUUUCUUUUUGACAGAUGGAUUGAAUUGCCUAAUUACUUAUCUAAAACUGGAUACAGUGUACUGAUUAACAACGACAACCAAGCGCGACAAGCUAGAUAAAAUUAAAAUGUUCAAGGAUACUAGCAUGCAUUUCAAGAAUGGGUUAAUUUGGGUUGUUUUGCAUUAUUUUGAAAUUCUCGAUUAGAUAGGUUUACGGAGCACGCAGUAUAAAGACGGUGAAAUUUAAGUGAAAAAUGGCAAAAUGGAGCAAACAACCCAAGACGAACGAGGCCUAAACACACGAGAUGCCUUAAACAAACUCUACAUCGAGGUAGAAUCAGUUUUGUUACAGUUCAAACUAUCUCAAAAAAAUAGAAAAACUAAAAAUUUGGCAUGGAUAAAAGACACCCUAAGCGCAAAAAGCAAACACACAACCAUCAACUGGAUCUCAGCUUCUUUCCAAUUAUGGGCCUCAUUAGCCUUGAUCCUAGGUUACUUACUGGACGGCGAUAAUGUGGAAUUGGAAGAGGCAUUUAUAAUUAUUAUACUUCUUAUUGUUAAUCUGGCUACAGAGCUUUAUGACAAUAAAUUGAGGCAUGAUGAGGUUCCUAAUAGGGUUCAAAUGGUACUCGACAAAAUGAAAAAGGAAAUGAAUUAUAUUGAUUGGAAACCUGAAAAUUAUCCCAAUUUGUACACACCAUUUUCACCUUGCAUUACAUUGCAAUGGACUUACAGGGAUGGCAAGCUUGUAAAUCUACCUUGGGCGCUUUUAGUUAAAGAUGACAUUAUUUUAGUUAGGCCUGGACAAGCUAGUCCGGGCUAUUGUGAAGCAUUGGAUAAACAAUCAGAAUAUCAUCUUUUACACAAUAAAGAAAUAUUUGCUCCUAGUAUACAAAAUGCUAAUGAAAUCUUUAGUGCGCCUAAAUCUAGGAAACCAUUGGAUGCUAAAAAAUACAGACUCCUUGAAACGCCCUAUUUAUACAACCUGAAACUGUCCCUAGAAGAAGCACUAGACAGACCCAUUACCCAACAUAAUCAGCAAAGGCAUUUUGUAAUGGUAAGAGUAAUAGAAUGUAUCGUUUUGCCAACAAUGUUUGUUCUAGUUUUUGUAGCUAAUGUCUUCAGGUAUUUUUACUUUCAACAAUACCUGGGUCAUUACUCGUUAGCCAAUAUGUUCUUUAUCAGUCCUAGUAAUGCUAUUUUACCUUUACUUCCUAUAGUGUUUCCUUUAGUUUGGAACAUAUCAAAUUACAUUGGUAUGGCCAGGUUUAAAACAAUUUUUGAUGCCACCACAAUGUUCGAAAACAAAUUUAAUCCUUUGGAAGAGGACACUGAUACUCAUACAGAGUUUGCAGAAAAUAUUGAUUUCAGUUAUAAGGAAAUGUAUAAGAAUUUUGUGCAAAUUUGUAAAGGAGAAUCGGAUAUUUUGUGCAGAUCUGCCAAUAUUUUACAUGUAUUAGGAUCAGUUACAGCUUUAGGUUGUGUAGAUAAAAAAGGUAUUUUAUCUUGGCCCAAUCCCACAGCAGAAAAAGUCUUCUUUUUACAUAACAGAGAAAAUGACUCUGAAGGUUCUGAAACAAGCUUAGACAAUGUAAAUGAUAUAAGUAAUGACCAAUCAGAACCUUUAGGCAACCUCCACUUUGGUGCUGACAGCCCCAUUUCAGCCACAGCUGAAGUUCUUGACUUGACCCACAAUCACACUGACCCAUUUGGGCUGGGCUUUGACGAUCAAAAUUGGCAAAAGUUUCUGCCUUCAUUAAAACCUCUCGGGUUGGCCAUAUUGCUAAACACUUGUCACAUUGAUACCCAGGAACGUUAUUCGAAUUUCUGCUCUCACAUUAGCUGUGAGGCCAUGUACAAUGAGAAUUUAGUUCCUGUGACUAAUAGACGGUGUCUGUGUGAGUUGGCUAAAGAGAUAGGCUUUAUGGAUCAGGCUGAGAAGAUUUUUCAAUUGGAACAGAAGUUGUCAGUGUUUAGGCAUUUGCAACCGGAAAUGGUCAGACGUGAUAAUAAAUAUGCCAAGGCCCUGCAAUUAUCUACAAGAUUGAAAUUUCCAUUUCCCCAUGCAUUUGCAGUGGUUGUUAGGGAAUUGUGCAGUGGAAAUAUGCAAUUGUUGAGUGAGGGUACAGCAGAUAUUAUUUUGGAUUGUUGCGUGGAUUAUUGGGAUGGAUUAGAUUUGUGCCCUUUGACCCACUCUGAUAGGAAAAAGAUUCAGGAUUUUUAUCAGAGGAGUAGUUUGACAGCUUAUUGUACUGCUUUUGCUUAUAGGCCUUUAUCAAAAUCAGUCAGUGACAAAUUGAGUGAAGUUUAUUUGGAGCUUCCCAGUGACUGUAGGCACCUUUACAUGAGUCAUAGAAGCCCGACCCCAGUGCAUUGGGAUUGCAAAAGCGUUUUGGAGCCUAAAAUUAAAAAUGCGCAAUUUUAUAGCACAGAUUCUCUUUUAUACAAUGAUUAUCCUGUGAGCAACAAUAUAUCAGAUGCGGAAAGCUGUUUUCAAAUGCAAUGCAACCAAAUUUUUAUUGGUAUGGUGACUAUGCAAUAUCAAGUGCUCACUGAUAUGGUUCAAUUAAUAGAGCAAUUAGAAAGGGCCUGUAUAAGGUUUGUGCAUUUUAGCAAAGAAAACGAGUUGAGAUCCAGGGUUUUCAGUGAGAAAAUGGGCCUGGAGAGUGGUUGGAAUUGUCAUAUUUCUUUGUUAAGUGAUAGAAACAGUAAUCUUGAAUCUUCCCGUACAAUGAGUUUCUCAGCGCCGAGUGCCAUAAAUUUGGACCAUUGCGUUGUUAAAUUUGACACAGAAGUGGAAAAAUUUCAUGUGGCUCGACGUCAGAGUGAAAACCAUGACGAGAUCACCAGCCAAGACAGUAUGCCAGUACGUGCUGAGAGUACUACGCACGAUUGGCAAUCUUUGAGCUGUUUGACUGACAGUACUGAACAAAGUGCCCCAAUAAAUUUUGAUAUGAGCAAUAGAGCUAAACUGCCAAGGGGCAUAGACAAAAUCCGGCCUCAUAUUGAGCUCAUAGAUAAUGUGCCACUUUUAGUGUCCCUAUUUACUGACUGCACACCAACUGCUACUAGAGAAAUGUUACGGAUAAUGCAAGAUUAUCAUGAGGUUGUUUGCAUUCUAGGAUCUUCACAAAAUAGCGAUAAUGCGGGAAUUUUUAUGCAAGCAGAUGCAUCGAUUUCAGUGGAACCUUUAUACCCGCAAGUUUGUCAAAAAAUGGAAGUAUUUAAGAAACUUGAGGGCUUUAGCCCAACUGAUUUAUCUUGUCUUUUGAACUCAAUCGCUUGCUCCUUGACUGUGAAACGGUCUGAUCCAAUAUCGAUUUACCAUUUAGUGAUGGAGGCUAGAAAUUUCGCUUCUACUUUGUGGAGUUCAGUCCAAUAUUGGCUUUGUUGCUGUGUAGUUCUAAGCAUAAUGCAAGUAGCCGCGGUUGUUUUCAUGCUACCAGAACUAAUGACCACAGGCCAUAAUUUGUGGCUAGCUGGUAUAGUUGCUCCAGCUAUUAGUAUCGCUUUAUCAAUGACUCCCAUUGAUCCAGAUGUUAUGAAAAAACCACAGGGAAAGAUACAGGCUGCCCUUCGGUGGGACGCUACCUUUUUUAUUUUGUGGUGUUACGGUAUUAAAUUCCUUCCCACCGUAUUUACAGUUUUAGUGUGUUAUGCUGGUGUUUUGGCCAGUCAUUGUGAUCAAAUGUGUUCAGAUCCAUUUACAGAGCAGGGUCCUUGUAGAUGCGUCUUUUUCUAUAAUCCAACUUUUUCCAAUAUAACAAGUGGCGACAAUGUGGGAGGUUUUGAGGAAGGAAGUUGGACUUUGAUGACUUCUAGACUGAUUGUGAUUUUUAUUGUUUUGUUGCAUUUUGUUACUAUAUCCAUAGGAUUUGUUCAUAGGGAUAGUUCGAUUUAUCGAAAAUGGCCUCAUAGUAAUUUAAUGUGGAUUGGGACAAUAUUUUGUUUGGUUUCGUUUCAAAGCAUAUACACUAUAAUAAGCUACAGGGGAUUGAUUGGUAGCGAGGAUCAUGAAACCCAAUUCCCAAUACCUCUUUGGGUAAUAUUAUUUGGAUCUUUGUCGCCUUUAGGGAUAUUUUUAAUUAAUGAAUUAGUAAAAAAACAAGAAAACAUGGCUAAUGACCGGUUCCUAAAACGAGCCAGACUUGAUUUUGGGACUAAGCUUGGAAUGAACUCGCCUUUUUAAAAAAGCCAACUGAUCAAAAAUUUCCACUAAACUUUCUAUAGAUUUUGUGUUUUUUACAAUCUGACCUCGGUGUUUUAGAAAUUUAGUGCCAAAUGUGCAAAGUUUAUUGCACUUCAAUUAUUGGUGUGUCAUAUACAUUAGGUUAAACUGUAAUUUAAAAGCUUUUCUGAUUUAUUUUUCUAUAAGUAUAAGACUGGAAUGUUUUUUUUUUGUCUCUUGAAUUUUAGAAUCACUUUAUUUAGUUUACCAUGCGCUUAUGUUGUUUUUUUUUUUAAUAUUUAACUUUUGAAGCAGGUUUUAAAUAGAAUAUGUGUCAUAUUUUUGGUCUCAAUCUAUAUUUAUUAGUAUUUGUCUACCUAUAUCUUGUGAGAAUAAUUUAUAAUAUACAUGCAACUAUUUUAAUUAAAGAUAAAAUGUAUUUUUCUCCCUUAGCAUAAGAAUUGUAAAAAUCCGUUUUUAGAAUCCAACAAAACGGUUUAGCGCCUUUCAAGUAGAGCUUUGCAAAAUUGACAAUGCUAACUUUAUAUUAUGAUACAUUGCCUGCGCACCGUUUCGCAUAACCCCCAUAAAUCUUUCCAGACGUUCGAAACUGUCUGGAUUUGGCGAAAUAAAAGCUUUAUUACCUCAUAGGAACACAUAUUAACCCCAUCGCGUAGGGGGGGAUGAACAUUUUUGAAGCCAAAAUAAAUCCUAUGCUAACCAGAUAGACAAUAAUUUAAUGGAAAUAAUCAAAUCACGAAACCAAAUUAUGGUUAUUAGGCCGGUGCCAAAUUUAUUUCCGGGAUAAAACACGCAAUGCAUAAAAUACCAUGAAAUAAAAAUACAAAUUCACUUGCAGAGCUGGAGUGCAAUAAUUUUUGAACAGCUAUUACAAAUGUCCCUCACAAAUAUACCAGCGUUAAAUUUAUUAUUUUUAAUCCUUUUGUCGGGAUUUGGCUGGAUGGAGCCAUGUAUCAA